UUUUCAACCCAACCCACGAAAAUAACAACACUAGAUUUCAGCAGGCAUAUAAUCAUUCUUGAGAAGGUGUACAAUCUUGUUGAUGAUGAAAUCACUAAGUUGAGGUGGCAUAUUGAUAUGUAUUGGAUGAUAAUUGAAUGAUUCUAGAGAAAUGUGGUUUUUUUUUGAUUUUUUUGCAGUGUUUUGCUACGAAUUUUCAGGGGGGUGCUGGCACUAUUUUGUCCCUUCAACGCUCGCAAGACCCUUUUAUUCUCGCACGCCCUCGUAAGGCCAUCGCCUCCCUAACUGUCACGCUCACACCUACCCACUCAGACUCUCCCCAAAUAUCGCUGGGCAGAAAUUACAACGUGUCUUUCAUAGCGGCGUCCCACCUCGCGGUUCCAUCGCAGGCUCGAGCGUGUCCUGUUCCGAAGCGCAUGGUACCCAUCACCCUCAUCCUCACCAUCGCCAUCAUCACCACCAUCGUAACUCGCCUGGUCAACAAGUAA